UGUUUCCCACCGAGGAUGUUUCGCCAAAGAACUGUUGCCCGUGGAGCUCCGUUCCUCACCCUUUGGGGGCCGGAUGGAAACAUGGAGCCCAGAGAUAUGGGACCGGGACCGGGGCGCUUCCUGGCCUGCGCCUGCUUCUUCACCGACAAUCUGUUCGUGCCGCGCUACGGUCUCCAUCUCCGCUAUUGGGGGGACCCGGAGCAGCUGCGGAGAGAUUAUGGGCCGGCAUUAAGACAGCGGGGCUGCAGAAGUGAGGAAGAAUUUGAAGCAGUAAUCCAAGAGGUUGAAAAAGAAGUGCAGAGGAGAAAGGAAUUGGACCAUCAAUCUAGAGAAAGAAAAACAGUAAUUUCCCAGAACUACAGACCAAAGCAUCCACAACUGUAUACUUUACAGGAAUCCUUUCUGGCACCGGAAUUUUUAGAAGCUGUCAAAUGCUGCACAUCCAAAUGCACUGAUCUUCAAGGCCUCUUGAGCCAUGUGGAAUCUGUAUCAGAUAAGAGAAUCUACCGCUUGCCAAUAUUUUCCAAGGAAUUCUGCCACGCUUUCAUUGAGGAACUGGAGAAUUUUGAACAGUCUGAGAUGCCCAAGGGGAGGCCGAACUCUAUGAAUAACUAUGGGGUUCUCUUAAACGAACUUGGGUUGGAUGAAACUUUCAUCACCCCUCUGCGUGAAAAAUAUCUUCAACCCCUCACAGCAUUGCUUUACCCGGACUGCGGGGGAGGCCACUUGGACAGCCACAAGGCUUUUGUGGUGAAAUAUGCCUUGCAUGAAGACCGGGAUUUGAGCUCCCACUACGACAAUGCGGAGGUGACUCUCAAUGUCUCCCUGGGCAAAGAGUUCACCGAAGGCAAUCUCUAUUUUGCUGAAUUCAGACAGGAUGCCAACCCAGUGCCAAAGUACAUCGAGAUUGAACAUGUUCCCUUCCAUGGAUUGUUCCACCGGGGAGGACAAAUGCAUGGGGCGCUGCCAAUCGCCUCCGGGGAGCGCUGGAAUCUGAUUGUCUGGAUGCGAUCAUCCGCUGUCCGGAAUCAGCUUUGCCCCAUGUGCAACAGAGAGCCUGAACUGGUGCACGCCAAGGAAUUUGGAGAAGGGUUCACCAGGAGUUUCGAAGACAGGCAGCCUGAGACCAUGGAUAUGUGCUCUUUAACAUAGGGAGGUGAUGCAGGGCAGAGUUUGCAUCUUGACUUCAAUUAAAGGCAGCGCUAGAAUUGCUGACGGCAACAA